AUGAGCACUGCUGCACGGCGCCGCACUGAGCUCGAUCAGAGCUAUCUGACACAUUAUGCCACCCCUGAAUCAACUGGAUCAGCCGGCUUCUCAAUUGCUUACGACGUGCUCCGUUCCAAAGCGGAAGCAUUCUCUCUCGACUGGAGUGGAUACGACGAAGGCCACUUUGCAAGCCUUGGUUCGAACAUCGCCCGAUGCUCGCCCGUAGUCAUUCCCGACCUCAUGCGCGGCCUGAUGUGGCGUGGCCGCCACCAAUCCAAGGUGUUCCAAGUCUUCAUGCAGCUUUGUCUGCACCAAUUUUGUAGACUCGCAUCUUUGGAAGAACCCGUGCAACACCUGUUCAAUUUGCCCGAUCUUGUUGCCCAUGUCGGCGGGGCUUUGUUUAGUUUCGAGGGUCUGAAACCCUUGAUGCACCCGGGUUCGGAUUAUAUCGAGUUCGAUGACCCGCUCGUCACCUGGAUGCAUUUCAAUGGUCCUGUCGUCUGGCUUGCGGUCAUGAUUGUGCGAUCUGCAACCAACCUCGCCGACGUCUUCGACUUCAUCGUACAGUGUGGACAUCUCGGGCGUUGUUCCAAGGAGGAAGUUGACCGAUUACUCGAUGCCUGCCUGAAAGAGAAGCUUCCAAACCCAGAAGCUUGUAAGGAUCCCACGAUGGCCAAUUAUAAAGAUGGGGUCAACGGAUCGCCCUUCUUCGGUAUGUUCCUGCCGAGUGGAGCUGGAGCCAGCCUUGCUUCUCCCGACGACUUGUUCACGUCAACUUACCAUGCCUUCUACUCUCGUCUCACUAAGAUUGAAGAGGCGUACGAUGCGCUCUUCGAUGUUCCAGAGCAUGACCGACUUUCAAUAAGGUUUCAGCAAGACAAAAAGAAGGAUGCCAGAGAGUUGACACCUUAUCCAAUUCCACCAAACCCCUGA